GUGCAAAAUAUCAGAAAAAUCCCUACUCUAAGAAACUUCUUUGGUUGGCCUAACCCAGUUAGCACUAGUACGGAAAAGUUACAAUACGUCUUGAGUAACUGCAAGCUUUGACUUGCUUUUGAGAUCACCUCUCACGGCAGCUGUCCCUAUUUGCCAUUGGCUGCUUGAACAUGUCUGCAGACAUUGCUCGAGGAUUUAUGUAGAUAUAGAAACCAUUGAAUCCUCCCGCAUCUUAAUUAUACGCCGAGCGAACGAUGAAGCCCUCAUGGGAGACACCAAGACUCGCAAGACUGAGGCCAUUGAAGCGAAGGCGCAGCCGCUCGCAGGCAAGAAAUCGCGGCGUACGCUAUCUUGCCUCAGCUGUCAGAAGCGUAAGUUGAAGUGCGACCGCGUCAAACCAUGUCGAGCUUGUUGUAUGCGAGGCGUUCCCGCCGAAUGCGACUAUGGGACUACAAAACAUGACCGAGGCUUCAUCGCGCAAUCGGAUCUCAUCGAAGAGCUCAGAGCCAAAUUGAAGAAGCUUGAGCAGAAGCUCGCCCAACAUGACGAGGCUGUAUCACAAGGGACUAUGGUCGCCACGAGUUCUGAUCCGGAUAGCUCUGCCGUGAAAGUGAAGAGCACGACAGUCAAAGCCAACAAUAGGUCUGCAUGGGAGGUACUCUCGGCAUUGAAUCUACGAAAAGCGCUAGCCGAGUCACCAACUCCAGAUAGACUGCUUAUGGAUGUAUUUGUUGGAGAAGUGAUUAAUGCGUUCGCACCCGACCCGUUAAACAUCCAUGGCCGAGUAUUUGAUCUGCGUUCAGCAGCUGAAAGACGGAUCUUUUCUCCGGUACUGGCCGCUGGCUUUGAUGCAACGGCUCUGAUAUUCGUUGGUCAGCGAGAUCAAAACCAGAAAUUUCUCAGGGCUGGCAAUAUCCAGUAUAAUCGAGCUUUAAGACUACUACAAAAAGCAGUAAAUGAUCCCCAACAAUGCACAUCAACUGACGCUCUGACCAUGGUCGUUCUUGUGACAGUAAUCGAGGCCGUCAAUCAAAGCUCCCCGGGUGCAAUAUUCAAGCAUCAACUUGGAGGGCUGGAGCUGUUACGAUUGCGAACCCCUUACCGACAUCGAACGGGGUUAGAUCAAUCGCUUUAUAUCGAUCUACGAAUGUUCUGGGUAACCACCGCGAUCGCCAACAGAAAGCCAACGUUCCUCUCCUCGGAGGAGUGGUUGACGUUGCCUUGGACCAAAACUGGCCCGCAAAAGGAUAUCCUUCAUCAUCUUCUGGAUGUAGCCGUUGAUAUCCCUGCUUUUCUUUGUAAACAUGACACCUUCAAAACAAGUUUAUCGAAGGGCAAUUUAUCGCAAUCGGAACUUGUAUCCGCACAUGACGAGAUACAAACUACGGCGACCAUUCUUGACCAGCGCCUGCAACUCUGGCAUUCUGUGAUUGCAAUUCACUACCAACACGGAUAUAUGACAGAGGAGCCGGCGGAGGACUUUCUACGUGACUCCGAUGCUCCUCGUUUUUACUCCCGAAAUGUGUCCUGCGGGGAUAUAGACCAACCGCCCGUACUCAUUUACCCAGACUUACUGCUAGCCACAACUCUGAGUCUGUAUCGUGCUCUUCGGCUGGUGAUAGUCGGUAGUGACAACGACGGCCUAUUCUCGGUUCUGAGUUCUUCGGAGCGCUAUCAGCUCGCUGUUGAUAUAUGUCGAAGCAUGCCAUAUUAUCUGAAAACUGUCUCGGGUUACCUGGUAUCUAGGUUAAUGUUUGUGUUGCGUGUCUCCUUCGACACUUUCUCGGAAGGGAUGGUCGAGAGGGAGUAUAUUGAGCAGUUGUUUGUGUAUAUUGGGGAAAAGUAUCAUCUCCGCGUAUUUUCAAACCAGUGCUCUGAGUCGGCGACGGCAGGCUACGCCGCUCUAACCCGGGCUGAUGUUACCGAAUGUUACCGCCUGAAAAUUACCUGUGGCCCCCAACACUUCCAUCCAGAUUGA